AUGGAGGCCGGGGCGUGGGCGGUGGCGGCGGCGGCCGUGGCACUGUACUUGGCGUGGUUCUGGCGGAUGGCGCGCGGGCUCAGCGGGCCGCGGGUGUUGCCGCUGGUCGGCAGCCUCCCGGGCCUCGUGCAGCACGCCGAGGACAUGCACGAGUGGAUCGCCGCCAACCUGCGCCGCGCGGGGGGCACGUACCAGACCUGCAUCUUCGCCGUGCCCGGGGUGGCGCGCCGGGGCGGGCUGGUCACCGUGACGUGCGACCCGCGGAACCUGGAGCACGUCCUCAAGGCGCGCUUCGACAACUACCCCAAGGGCCCCUUCUGGCACGCCGUCUUCCGGGACCUGCUCGGCGACGGCAUCUUCAACUCCGACGGGGAGACGUGGGUGGCGCAGCGCAAGACGGCCGCGCUCGAGUUCACCACGCGCACGCUGCGCACCGCCAUGUCGCGCUGGGUGUCGCGAUCCAUCCACGCCCGCCUGCUCCCCAUCCUGGGCGACGCGGACGUCGUCGACCUGCAGGACCUCCUGCUCCGCCUCACCUUCGACAACAUCUGCGGCCUCGCGUUCGGCAAGGAUCCCGAGACGCUCGCCAGGGGCCUCCCCGAGAACGCCUUCGCCUCCGCGUUCGACCGCGCCACGGAGGCCACGCUCAACCGCUUCAUCUUCCCGGAGUGCGUGUGGCGGUGCAAGAAGUGGCUCGGGCUCGGCAUGGAGACCACGCUGGCGCGCAGCGUCCAGCACGUCGACCGAUACCUCUCGGCCGUCAUCAGGGCGCGCAAGCUCGAGCUCACCGGCGGCAAGCAGAAGAACAACGGCGACGACGCAUCGUCGGCCACGCCGCACGACGACCUCCUCUCGCGCUUCAUGCGCAAGGGGACCUACUCCGACGAGUCGCUGCAGCACGUGGCGCUCAACUUCAUCCUCGCCGGCCGCGACACCUCCUCGGUGGCGCUCUCCUGGUUCUUCUGGCUGGUCUCCACGCACCCGGACGUGGAGCGCAGGAUCGUGCGCGAGCUGUGCGCCGUCCUGGCCGCGUCCCGCGGCGUCGAGGACCCGGCAUUGUGGCUCGCCGCGCCCUUCGACUUCGAGGAGCUCGACCGCCUCGUCUACCUCAAGGCGGCGCUCUCGGAGACGCUCCGCCUGUACCCCUCGGUGCCCGAGGACUCCAAGCACGUCGUCGCCGACGACGUGCUCCCGGACGGCACGUUCGUGCCCGCGGGCUCGUCGGUGACCUACUCCAUCUACUCGGCGGGGCGCAUGAAGGCGGUGUGGGGGGAGGACUGCCUCGAGUUCCGCCCCGAGCGGUGGCUGUCGGCCGACGGCACCAGGUUCGAGCCUCACGACUCGUACAGGUUCGUGGCGUUCAACGCCGGCCCGCGGAUAUGCCUGGGCAAGGACCUCGCGUACCUGCAGAUGAAGAACAUCGCCGGGAGCGUGCUCCUCCGCCACCGCCUCGCCGUCGCGCCGGGCCACCGCGUGGAGCAGAAGAUGUCGCUCACGCUGUUCAUGAAGCACGGGCUCCGGAUGGAGGUGCGCCCGCGCGACCUCGGCGCCGUCGUCGACGAGCUCCGCGGCGCCGGGGAGUACGACGUGGCGGCCAGAGCCACCGCGGCCUCUGCCUAG